AUGAUGCAGGCGGCGGAGAUGGCGACGGAUAGGGCGAAAGCACGAGGCAUGAUGCUGGAGGCGGUGCGAGAUGGCAGAGCACGGACGAUGAUGCGGAAGAUGCUGGUGAGUCAGGGUGUGAAUGCAACAAUGGCAGAGGCGCUUUGUUCACCUCCUCCACCCGACUGUGCUGAUGCCAUCGACUACUACCUCGAGGUGAUGGGCAAGAUGGCGAAUGGGAAGAAGGAUGUGAAGUCGCCGAGGACAGAUAUCCACGACUUGCCUGUCUGCCACGUUCUUGAUGCUUCUCCCUCCACUGUUGCCUCCUCCAUCACUCAGUAUUCCAACAUCUGUGGUCUCGUUGUCACCUUUGUAGGGUACAUCAGUGACAUUGACGCGGGAACGAUAGCUCAGGUGGUUUGGCGUCUGGGCGCAGGUCGGGACAAGCCAGACGACGCAAUCGAUCACACUGUCGGUAUUCGUCUUCUCAAACACGUUGGCGACUCAGUCAAGACCGGUGAGUUGACUGGUGGAAAAGCACUGACAGUGAUUGUCAGUGCUUUGAUUUAG